CUUCCUAAGACAGUCCCCUUUGUUUUGUUUCCGGCUUCUCCAGGGCUCUGUAUAAAGGUCUAUUUUCUUGCUGGUCAUUUACAUGACCCUGUGCUGAAGAAGCAGCUGGUCCCCCCCAUCCAGAGGUUACUACAGACCCCAUUCUCAGCAUGUGGAUGACUAUUAUUCCCCUCUGUGGGCUCGUCCUGUGUGUGACCUCCGCUAACAUUGCCUGGUACCAACCUGAACAGGUGCACCUGUCAUACACAGGCCUCCCAGCAUCUAUGACUGUGACGUGGACGACCUUCAGCUGGACUCCCUCUGUAGUAGAGUUCAGUCCUCUGCCAGGACCCCUCUCCUUUAAUCUUACUGCUUACGGUGAUAGCACCAUAUUUGUGGAUGGAGGCUCGAAGCGUAGAAAGAUGUUCAUCCAUCGCGUUACUCUGGAAAACCUGAAUCCUGGCCAGAGAUAUGUGUAUCACUGCGGCAGUUCCCUUGGCUGGAGCCCCCAGUUCUAUUUCGAUGUACUGAGAAGCGAUCCUUCUUGGGGACCACGUCUUGCUGUGUUUGGGGACAUGGGAAAUGAGAAUGCUCAGUCCUUGUCACGGCUCCAAAAGGACACACAGAUGGACAUGUAUGAUGCUGUACUUCACGUCGGAGAUUUUGCAUAUGAUAUGGACAAGGAUGAUGCUCAAGUGGGUGACGAGUUUAUGCGCCAGAUUGAGUCGGUGGCGGCAUAUGUACCAUACAUGACAUGUCCUGGAAACCAUGAAGAGGCAUAUAACUUCUCCAAUUACCGUAACCGUUUUUCCAUGCCGGGAGAGACAGAGGGUCUGUGGUACAGCUGGGACCUAGGACCUGCUCACAUCAUCUCAUUCUCCACUGAGGUGUAUUUCUACCUGAAAUAUGGGCAGGAGCUGGUGGGGCAGCAGUAUGCAUGGCUGCAGAAAGACCUUCAGGAAGCCAGCAGCCAGGCUCGUCGUUCUGAGCGUCCGUGGAUCAUCACAAUGGGACAUCGCCCCAUGUACUGCACCAAUUUCGAUGGUGAUGACUGUGUCAAAAUUGACAGCACGAUACGCACAGGAUUUCCUGGAGGACAAUAUGCAUUGGAGGAGUUGUUUUUUAAAUACGGGGUGGACCUAGAGAUCUGGGCACAUGAGCAUUCCUACGAGCGUCUGUGGCCCGUAUACAACUGUACGGUUUAUAACGGAUCUGCUGAUGCUCCAUAUACCAAUCCCCAGGCUCCAGUCCACAUAACCACAGGAUCUGCGGGCUGUAGUGAGAGGCUGGACCCCUUCUUUCCACUGCACCAGAACUGGAGCGCAGUGAGGAUUGAUGAUUAUGGCUAUACACGUAUUGACAUAGCGAACAAGACCCACAUCCACAUCCAGCAGGUCUCAGAUGAUCAGGAUGGUGACAUCGUCGAUGACAUAUGGCUGAUUAAGGACAAGCGGUGAACACACAGACCCCCUAUUGAUUCUAUAUUUGGAUCUUCUAUAGCACCACGUCUAUAACAUGUCCUCAGAAUGAUUGCUUUAUUUAUACUACCCUGGAAUUAUCACAUGAUGCCUAUGAAUCUGCUGCUGACCUCCAUGUGUUCCCUGGCUCACUGUGGUAACUAUGCCUAGAAGUGCUUUUGUGGUGAGUAAUCCAGGACAGACAGCACUGCAAGCCACUGAGAACGUCUACACGUUGCGCUGUCAUUGCAGGAGACUUGUCUUGAUGUCGCUAACCUGAACUGUGAUCCGUAUUCUCAAGGGGACGCGUCCAUGACAGCUGACACUCACCAGAUACUCAUAUCGCUGGAAAAAUACACAGCUAUACAUUGCCUGUAGACCUGAUCACAUUGAUUGCUACAAAGAAUGUGUUACCAAGGCUUGUACUGGCCAAUGAACUUACCAGGAGGUCCUAUAAUGAGCCCAAAUCCUAAAUGGCCUAUGUGAUUUUCUAAGGGUUCCCAAGUGCCCUGGUUUUCCCACAGUACCUAUAGUAUUUUGCCAUCACCAACUUCACAGGACAUGCUGGAAUAUAUUUUGUUUUGCCUUAUUUGGUCCCUUAAAUAACUAUGGGGUGGAUUUUAUGGUCUGAGCAAACUUAAGCUCACAUGGGUGUUAUUUUACAAUUGUGAGACAUUUAAAUGUAUACAUCUAUCUAUUGUGUUUAAAACCUGAGCUAUAUCUUAAUAAUUGUGCUUUAUUCGUCCGCUCCUUUACCUAAUCACGGGAUCUAUGGCCAUAUACUCACUGUCAAAUAUGUAAUAGAUAAUUGGCUGUUAGAUAUGUAAUAGAUAGUGUCGGACUGGGACAAGAAGGGCCCACCGGGGAAAUGCAGUGGUAGGGGCCCAUGCUUAAGGGUGUGGCCAGGCAAUAGUGGAGGUGUGGCCAACCACCAAAGAGACCCGGCUAACCGCUAGAGAGUGCAUGGGCUGGGCCCAUAGUCCUGUGCUGUAUAAGGUAACAUGUAUAAUGUUUAAUUAAAGCGCACUAGGAUAAUGUCUGGAACCUAAUCCCUAGAGGAGGAGAUGGCCCCACAGGCAGUGGGGCCCACCGGUGGUUUCCCCUGUGGGCCAGUCUGACCCUGGCUGUAACUCCUGAUUGGUGCAGUCCUUUCAUGAGGCCAGAAUUUAUCCUCUUUUAUUGUUUUUAAAUCCUGGGAUGCUUUGUAACCGAUUUGAUCAAUUAUCUUAUUUAUUUUCUGAUUGUAGGGAAAAAAAAUAGCUUUUCCGUUAAUUUUCCCAUUACACUCCCAAUUACAGAAUGCUAAGCUGUUCACCUUAAUUACCAGCUCAUUCUCUUGGGUGUAAUGCUGCUCAGUAAUCAUACUUUAUGCCAGGCAUGUCCAAACUGCGGCCCUCCAGCUGUUGUGAAACUACAUAUCCC